GGUGUUUUUCACAAAAGAGAAGAGAGAUCAUCUCCUUGACUUUGGACUUCAAUUAUCGAGUCCCUCAACAGGAGCAAGAACAUUCUGGAUAUGAUGUGCAAAAACUGGAUAUUAAUGUCUACUACUAUUUCCGCAAGUCCAGAAGAUGAAAUUGUUGGAAGACUUCUAAAAAUUUUGUUUGUUAUCUUUGUUGACUUUAUGUCUAUUAUAUGUGUCAUUAUAACUUCCUAA